ACGAAUUGACGUGUUACAGAGAUGUCACUAUUUGUCAAGAUGUUUGUUCGCCUCUUGCAGCUGUUCUCUAAUUGUAAAGAAGACUUUGCACACUUAAUAACAAACAUAAACCUUUACUAUCAAAUUCGUGAUGAUUACUUUAAUCUAUAUCACAAAGAGUUCACAACGGAUACAAAUUUUGCCGACGACAUAUCAUCAGGGACUUUUACUUUCCCUGUCAUACAUGCUAUACGAAAUCAUCCAGAAGAUCAACAGAUAAUACACAUUUUGAGGCGACGGACGAAGGAUUUCUACAUGAAGCGAUACUGCAUUGAACUACUAGAACAGUUUGGAUCCUUCGAUUACACAAGAGCUACCCUUGAAGAAAUGGAUAAACAAAUAAGAGAAGAGAUUCAACGUUUAGGAGGUAAUCCUCUGUUAGUGAAAUGUAUGGAUGAUCUACUGGAUUGGAAACAGUAAAACGCUCCGUACAAAAGCAGGAAAAUUACAUGUUGAUGCGUUGACUAUCAUUCUGAUGAAAAUCUCUUAGAGGAAAUUUUUAACAUUUGUGGUAGCAGUUAUUUUUGCAACUCCAUUAGAAACUAUCGAAUCUUAUACAUAUAGCAGUCCCAGUAAUAUUAAGGGUAUGAAUCUGUGUGUGUGCAUAUAUGUUCAGAAACAUUUGUGUUUGGCGCCAGCGACACUGCAGAUAUUGAAAAAAUUUUAAAUACAAAACUUAAUAGUUUUUAACAUUGUAUACCACCGACAAACCAUUAAAUUCUUUAUUCAACAAUUUUUCGAUAUUCCUUAUGGUUUCAGAGAUACUAGCAAAAAUAUAAAUAAUCAUUAACAAUAAA